CCAUCACACUGAUCAGGUUGCAUGGGCGAAUUUCUGCUCCAACAACUAAUGAUUUAAGCCUUGAGGGACAGAUUGGAGAAGGUAGAAAUUGGGAAGAAAUAAAAGAAUGGAAAGAAGCCGUCUUUGGUAGUGUUGGAGCAGCAAGCUACUUUCCCUGUUGAUUCACUGUCCUUAGUAGAAUUGCUGAGAUGCUUUUGAUCCAAACAAGCCACCUGGCACAAAAUUUUAUGAGUCUUAAAUACAUGACGGUAAAAAUAUGUUAAUUGCACUGAAUAAUUAUUUGUAAAAGAAAGGAUGAAUCAGUAAAUAAUUAAAUAUCAAACACCUUUGUUAUGUCACUUCUGCGAACAAAACAGCGAUCAUAACUAUGAGUUCGAUGAAGUCCACUGAUGAAUAAUGCCCAACCCAAGAAUAUACGGCAAGGUUGGUUUGCCACGUUCUAAAUCACAAGCAAUUUCCAUGCAACGUGUCUGUGGUAUCUCUCUUGUGCUUUAGUUGAUUAAUAUUUGCUUGUACCAUGAAAUUCUUGUUUUCAACCAAUCAUCGGGAUGUUUUCUUAACAUAUCAAAUGAGUUGAGUUAUCGCGUAUAGGAUAAAGAGAAGAGCCAAACAAAACCUUGGACGGCUGGAGAAAUUUAUGUAAAUUAGUCAUCGCAUCGCCUCAUGGAAUAUUACAAAACAUCGUAUAUCAAGCACCAGUAAGGGACAUCCAUUUUCUCCCCCUUUUUUGUUCUAAACAAUGAGAGCUCAGCUUAGUAUUAGAGUAGGAUAUUCUACUCGAAUAUCUCUUUAUUCCAAUCUUCUUCUUGUUUUCUACAAUAUUGUCUAUUAACCUUUCUUAUAUCCUUACUAUAAAAUGACCCAAAAAUAGUUGCUAAUCAAAGGAUACUCGCAACAUGAACUACGAGAAUUAUGAUCCGUCUUUCCCUGACCAGCCAGUGGUCGACCUUUAUCUCCCAAUUUGGGCUAGCCUGCCAGCUUUUUUGUCAAAGCCAGCCUUCAUCUGGGUUGAAGAUGAGUCUAAUGGUGCAACUAUGGGUUCAGUCCUUACUUAUGCUCAGCUCAAUGAAUCAGUUCAGUUAAUUUCCACUGAGUUACUUAAGCUAUUAAACAGAGGCGACACCGUUAUCAUUUUAUGCCCACCUGGUCUCGAGCUCGUUGAGGUCAUCUUUGGGUGUCAAAGAGCUGGCAUUCUGAGCGUGCCCAUCUUUCCACCUCACUCUUCUUUCACCGAUGAAAACUAUCACCACCUUAUUAGAGUUCUCUCCCAAACAAAACCUAAAGUUGCCAUAGCUAACCAGGAUUAUAUUGCCAGUGUUCAACGAUACAUAUCCUCAUCCUCCAGCAAUCAGAAGCUUAGGGAGCUGUUGCAAAAGCUUGGUUGGAUUUCUACUUGUGAUCUCAAAGAUAAGAAGGUAGGUUCAAAUAUGGGGUCUUCUUCGUAUAAUGGUUGCAGGCCAAAUGAAGUCUACCUAAUUCAGUACACUUCAGGUGCUACUGGGAUUCCAAAACCAGUGCUGGUAACUGCCGGAUCAGCUGCUCACAACGUUAGAGUGGCAAGGAAAGCCUACGACCUCCAUCCAAACAGUGUUAUAGUCUCUUGGUUGCCUCAGUACCAUGACUGUGGCCUUCAGUUUCUAUUGCUUACUGUUAUAUCAGGGGCUACAUGUGUGCUAACUUCACCUGGAGCAUUUGUUACCAGGCCAAGGCUAUGGCUGGAGCUGAUAUCAGAGUUCAAAGCUACCUGCACUCCAGUUCCAUCGUUCACAUUGCCACUUGUUGUCAAGCGCGGUGGGGUUGAAAAGGGAAAUCGACCCAUAAGUCUAUGGAGUUUGAAAAACUUAAUCAUCAUUAACGAACCAAUUUACAAGGCGUCAGUUGAAGAGUUUAUUUAUGUGUUUAAGCCUUUUGGGCUUAACCCAUCAUGCAUUUCUCCAUCUUAUGGCUUAGCAGAGAAUUGCACCUUCGUUUCAACAGCAUGGAGAAGCAAUGGGAAUUUUGCUAGUCUUCCAUCUCACAACAAGCUCUUACCGAUUGCAAGGCUCACUUCUCAACAUGAACAAGAUGAAGAGGAUAUGGACAUUAUAGUUGUAAAUGAAGACACACAUGAACCAGUUGCAGAUGGGUUAGAAGGUGAGAUUUGGGUCUCAUCACCUAGCAAUUGUUCUGGUUAUCUCGACCACCCAUCUUUAACUCGUGAGAUAUUCCAAGCGAGACAGAAGAACAAGGUGAGCAGAUGCUUUGUCCGCACUGGCGAUAGAGGAGUCAUCAAAGGAGAAGCAAGGUAUCUAUACGUGACAGGUCGAUGCUCAGAUGUUAUCAGGCUCCCAAAAGGCAGAGAUAAACACCCUCACUACAUAGAAACAGCAGCUUAUAAUGGUUAUCCAGAGUUUUUAAGAGGAGGUUGCCUCGCUGCAUUCGAGAUUUCAAACACAGUAGUAGCUCUUGUUGCAGAGACGCAAAGAAGUGAAAAAGAUGUUAAUGUUUUGAGGCAAAUAUGUGAAGGAAUAAGGAAAGCUAUUUUGGAGGAAGAAGGAGUUGAAAUUGGGCUGGUUGUUCUUGUCAAGAGUGGAAGUGUUCCAAAGACAACUUCAGGCAAAAUUCAAAGAUGGGCAGCUAAACAAAAGCUUGUUGGAGGCAAAAUGAGUAUAAUUAUGGAGGUGCUAUUUCACAAUAAUAAUGAUAAUGUUAGCUUGUCCUCUUCGUCUGAGCCAUUGGUCCAAGCAAAUAAGAGUAGAGAGAAAGAAGGAAAAACAUCUGUGAUAACUAAAGAGAGAGAAGCGACCUUUCUAAGGCGUUCAAGCACUGGAACUCGUCCCUCUCUGCAUUCUCUUUUGUGAAAGCAAAAUUCUUGUACUUAGUUUUUGUAUUAUGUGAAGAGUUUCAUCUUUUAAAUACUUGGAAUUCCAGGAUGAGUUCAUUAGCAAACAUGAAAUAUCUAUUGCUCCUUUUGGAUGUAUUGGAAUUUCCCCCUUAGAUUCAAUAUACUUUAAGACGCAAAAUAUAUAAUGUAAAAAUUACUUAUAUUAUAUAAUAUAAAUUUAUAUUUUAUGGGGACAAAGGUUAU